UAUCCAAAGAGGCCACCAAACGUCUUCGGCCCUGACAUUUUAAAUUAAUAUCCAGGCAAUGGACGAAGACGGACCUGGCCGUUGCCGUAAAGCGGCGAAAAGAGGCUUUACGUCAGUUCGAGAACGGCUUUGUCCGCUUUUCCUUCGCUCGUUGCCUUCGGGGUUUUGAGCGAUCAUGGCGGCGGGGCAGACGAAGUCCGUUUUAUUCGUCUGCUUGGGGAAUAUUUGCCGGUCUCCCAUAGCUGAAGCUGUUUUUAGAAAACUUGUAACUGAAGAAAACCUUGAAAACAAGUGGAGGAUAGACAGUGCAGCAACCUCUACAUAUGAAAUAGGAAAUUCCCCAGAUUAUCGAGGCCAGAAUUGCAUGAGAAACCAUGGCAUAAUUAUGAAUCAUAUUGCCAGGCAGGUUACAAAAGAUGAUUUCCUGUCAUUUGAUUAUAUUCUUUGCAUGGAUGAAAGCAACUUAAAUGACUUGAAAAGAAAAUGCAGUCAGAUUAAAAAUUGCAAAGCUAAAAUUGAACUUCUUGGUAGUUACGAUCCAGAGAAACAGCUUAUUAUUGAAGAUCCAUAUUAUGGAAAUGAUGAAGAUUUUGAAACUGUUUAUCAACAAUGUCUCAGAUGCUGUAAAGAAUUUUUGGAAAAACCUCAUUGAUGUGGCUUUGUUUCUGAACGUAAAUAAUUCUGACAUUAGUGCAAAAUCUCAAUAUUAAACUAUCAUAGUGUGCCUCUAAAAUAGAUACAUUUGUGCAUUCUUAAUUUUAAUGUUUGUAGUAUACCGAAUGGGUGUACAUUAUUUGAGAAGAUGUCUUUUUCAAAAUUAAAUUGAUUUUAUCAAAUAUAUGAUGAAUGAAUAUUGUGCUGGUCAACUAUGUAAGAAAAAAAACCUGUUGGUACUAAACCAAGUGAAUAAAUAUGUGUUAUUCCAUGUACAGGGAGUCCUUGACUUGUGACCACAAGUGAGCCUGGAAAUUAAGUUGUUAAUUAAAUUUUUAAGUUGUGGUCAUUAAGUGGCUCACCACAUGACCUGACUCAACUUUAGAACCUUCAUGGCUUUCCCAGACAUGGUUGUUAAGCAGAGUACGGGAUGCCUCAGGAGGUGAGGAGGUCUCUGAAGGAUGCUCGGCACAGGCCACGUGCAAGUUCCGGGAGUGCUGUGGUGUGCCACAGAUGCAGGGAGGCCAGGGAAAGAAGCUGUAGUUGUUGGCUCUGCAGUGCAGCGAAAUAAUGUGACACUCAGAAAGAGGCUUCCACAGUGAGGCAUAAAGCAACCCUCCCAUCAUGAACCCUGAAUGCUUGGGAAGCUCCAGUCCAGCUGCCCUCACUGCCCUGCCCUGCCCACCCCAUGCCAACUGACCUUCAUCAGCCUGGCCCUUUAUGAAAAAGACGAAAAAUGCUAAAGGCAACAGCUCAGCUGCAGUGUCGGAACUUGCUUCGUGUUGGGAAAAAAAUCUUGCCUCACUUUGCCCUGGCUCUGUGAAGAGAUCGCAAUUUCCCAAGGUUGCGCAAAACACCCUCGAUUCUAAAAGCAAAAGUUUCAGCUGGCUUUAGCAAUUUUCCCUGAAAAGAGUCAGACUGGGCAUGCCUCGUAAACUUGAUAUUUUUAAGAAGUUUCAGGUUGACUUUCCUGGGUUAAAACCGUUGAGCACAUGUUCCUAGAGGAGAGCAACACCCUUGGAGUCUCUGGGGCAUUUGGAACUUCCGAUGGGGCAGCUGCUUCGUGCUGCACUGUAGAGGUUUCCAGAGUGUUCGGCCCUGGGGAGGGCUGAUUGCUUUGUCCUGCACUAUUCAACUUCCCUGGCAUUUAAGGUCAUAGAUGGGGGCAGGAGAGAGAAGCAAGUGGAAGGAACUUGAAUUUUGAUCAUGUGACUGCAGGGAGGUUGCAGUGGCUCUAACUUCAAGCACGGGUCAUGUGUCCAUUCAGUGCGGUUGUAAGUCAAAGACCGCCUGCAUAUAGAUAUAUAACAGUUCAUUUAGUGACCAUUUGAAGUUAUAGCAGCACUGAAAAAAGUGACAUGACUUUUUCAUACCGUGUUUCCCCGAAUAUAAGACCCCGUCUUAUAUUUUUUUGAACCCUGAAAUAAGCGUUUGGCCUUAUUGCCAUGCACUCAACAGUCCGAUUGGGCUUAUUAUCAGGGGAUGUCUUAUUUUGGGGGAAACAGGGUACGUAUGACCUUGCAGCAUCCCUGUGGUUACGUGAUUGGCAAUUGCAGUGAUUCGUUUAACAACUUUGGCAAGAAAAGUUGUAAAAUGGGACAAAACUCACUUUUGGGCUCAGUUGUGGUCAUAAGUCGAGGACUAUCUGUAUUGUAGAUACAUAAAAACUCUUGGAUGUGUUAACGUGGCACAGUAGUCUGUUUCCUGUUGCUAUUAUUAACUGUGGUGUUCUAAAUAUUUUCUUUUCACAUUGAAACUUUAUAAAUACUUCCCUGUACAUUUUUAUUUGUCAGUUGCUAGGUGUCUGAAAAAUAUAUUUUGAUAUUCUUUCAUCACUUUAUGUUAUACAAAAUAUAGUACAGGAGGUGAGCCAGAAGAAAAAUAAUAAUAUAGAAAAGAUUUUAUGAUAUUCAGCCAUAUAGAAUGCUGUGAUGCAAAUAUUUGCAGUUCUGCAUUAGCACUGACAAAAUAAUUCCUUGCUGGUAUAAUCUUUUUUUAAAGAAUACAAAUUGAAGUAAAUAACUGCUUAUUUAUUUUUAAACUUAAAAUAGCUUUAAAGGCUAAUGACUUGAUGUUUGAAAAAAGUACUAUAGCAUUCUGAAGUAAGAUAAUAAUAGAUUAUGUGUUUCAAAUUCUGAUCAGUUCCUUUAAAGCUCCAGCACUAAUUUCCAUAAUAUGAAAAAACUAAAAAAAUAAUGUUAGGAAAUUAUUACAUUAUUGUUUGUUACACAAAUGUAAUCCAAAUGUAAUUAUGGGUCCUGGUACGUAUUUGUGGAAGGCAUAAAUUGAUUGGGGGAAGGAUUUAAAAGCCUAUAGAGUUUGUAAUUUUACAGUGGAAAUAAAACCACUACCUUCCCCUUACAUUGCAUUUUUACUGAUCUUCCUUAUGACAUCAUUGGUUUCUUUCUUUUCUUCACCUGCUCCCUCCUACUUUUGAAACAACAUUGUUUAUGGAUGCUUCAAGAUUAAGCCAAAGAGAAGUUGUUAGACAGAAGCAGGCAGCGAAGUCCAUAGUAAGCUGGCAAAGAUCUGCUUAUUAAAAAAGCACAUACUGAAGGAUGUUGACAUAAACCAGUGAUUCUAUGUAAAUAUUGUAUGAGUCACUUCUGAUUAUUGUCAGUACAUGCAGUGUAAUGUUGUGUGGUUAAUUAAUUGUUUAAAAGAUAACAGAGGGUUGCAUGCAAUUGUUUGCCAAAACUUUCAUCUUCUACUCAGAGCAUAUUUUGUCUGAAUUUUGCAUUUAUUCAGAAUGUUGCCAUAAUCCCUUUUUAGCCAAGAGGCCUUAUAAACACUGCAAGGGGAAGUAUAAGCCAGCGCUAUUUUCCCCCGUUCUCUUUUAGAGUUAGUUUUUGUGUGUCUUCAAGUCUUCCCAAAAGAGGAAUCUUUAUAGGCCUGUAGUGGACUUUGCUGCUGUUCGUGUUACUUUCUGGAUUUGUCAUUUUUAAGCCAUAAUUCCUAUUAAUAAGACGCUUUGCUCAAGUUCUAUUAAAAAAUACUCUAGGGACCUGUUUUGCUUUCAUUAAUGUCAGGUUUUAUUUCAAGCAAAUUUACAGAUAUCAUAAUUAACUUCCAGGCCUGUGAUUAGUAUGUGCAAGACCAAAUAAAAUAAUGAAAAAGCUA